GGCAGUGGGCUCGCAGCAGGGGAAGCGGCGAGUUAAAUCCGCCCCCUCCCCACACUCCACUUCCGAGGGGGAGAGCGGCAGAGGGGGGAUCGGGGUUGGAGCAGCGGCUAGGGGCCCCUCCCUCGCACCUCCCCCCACCGGACUUGGUCGCGCCCGAAGUGUAACACUUUCUCUUUGUCGGAGGAGCUCCGCUGUUUCCUGUGCUGUAGCUCCCGUUGCGGCGGCGCCCGUGGCAGCCCUGGCGGACGCAGGAGCGAUGGCAGCGACCGAUAUAGCUCGCCAGGUGGGUGAAGGUUGCCGAACUGUCCCCCUGGCUGGACAUGUGGGAUUUGACAGCUUGCCCGACCAGCUGGUGAAUAAGUCAGUCAGCCAGGGCUUCUGCUUCAACAUCCUGUGCGUGGGAGAAACAGGUUUGGGCAAGUCCACCCUUAUGGAUACCCUAUUCAACACCAAGUUCGAGGGGGAGCCAGCCACUCACACACAACCAGGUGUCCAGCUCCGGUCCAAUACCUAUGACCUUCAAGAGAGCAACGUGGGGCUAAAGCUCACAAUUGUUAGCACGGUGGGCUUUGGGGACCAGAUCAACAAGGAGGACAGCUAUAAACCCAUUGUGGAAUUCAUCGACGCCCAGUUCGAGGCAUACCUGCAGGAGGAGCUGAAGAUCCGCAGGGUGCUGCACAGCUACCACGACUCCCGCAUCCAUGCCUGCUUGUACUUCAUUGCCCCCACGGGUCACUCCCUGAAGUCACUGGACCUGGUGACGAUGAAGAAGCUGGACAGUAAGGUGAACAUCAUCCCCAUCAUCGCCAAAUCAGAUGCCAUUUCUAAGAGUGAGCUAACAAAGUUCAAAAUCAAAAUCACCAGCGAGCUUGUCAGCAACGGGGUCCAGAUCUAUCAAUUUCCUACAGAUGAUGAAUCGGUGGCAGAGAUCAACGGAACCAUGAACGCCCACCUGCCAUUUGCUGUCAUCGGCAGCACAGAGGAACUGAAGAUAGGCAACAAGAUGAUGAAGGCCCGGCAGUACCCGUGGGGCACAGUGCAGGUUGAAAAUGAGGCCCACUGCGAUUUUGUGAAGCUGCGGGAGAUGCUGAUUCGGGUCAACAUGGAGGACCUGCGGGAGCAGACCCACAGCCGGCACUAUGAGCUGUAUCGCCGCUGUAAGCUGGAGGAGAUGGGCUUCAAGGACACUGACCCCGACAGCAAACCUUUCAGUUUACAGGAGACGUAUGAGGCCAAAAGGAAUGAGUUCCUAGGGGAGCUGCAGAAAAAAGAAGAGGAGAUGAGACAGAUGUUCGUCCAGAGAGUCAAAGAGAAAGAAGCUGAACUCAAAGAAGCAGAGAAAGAGCUGCAUGAGAAGUUUGACCGUCUGAAGAAACUACACCAGGACGAGAAGAAGAAACUGGAGGAUAAGAAGAAAUCCCUGGACGAUGAAGUGAACGCCUUCAAACAGAGGAAGACAGCGGCAGAGCUGCUGCAGUCCCAGGGCUCCCAGGCGGGAGGCUCACAGACUCUGAAAAGAGACAAAGAGAAGAAAAAUAAUCCAUGGCUGUGUACUGAAUAGUAUUCCCCGCUACAGCUGGACUGGACUCCAUUUAGCCUUUUAAGUCAAGGUUCCUCUUUUAACUGACAGCUUUCCUUUGGGGUCCCAGGCAGCCAGAUGCCCCCUCCCUACCAUGAUGAACUUCCACUUCAAGUCCUUCUUUUUGAGUUCUGCCUCCCAGCCCCAUGGGCACUGAGCAUGACCAUCUUCUUCCUUUUUUUUUUUAACUUUUGUUUUUAUCAGCUUUUAAAACACACAAACAACACCAAAGUUUUAGGCCUUUGAGGGGUUUCUUACUUCAAUAAUAGAUAAUAGGAAGCAAAAAGCAGACAAAAUGAAAAGCGAACAUAGGCACACACCUUUUCUUGUUGGCAAAGCAAGACUGCAGUUGGGAUAGGGAUUUCUUGGUGAGUUACUGAUGGGUUAGUGGCCAGAGGCAAAUAUGAAGAUGAGGUUGCCAAAGCAUAAGCUAGUUUCUUGAGACCAUCAAAGUUUUCAUUGGAGGGUUUAAGGAGACCUUAGCCUUGGAGGUUCAAAAAAUAAAAGAAGUAUGGCUACACAGAGAGAUGCUAAGUCAGGGCUGCCAUGUCUUCUUGGGAACGACAUUGGCAGCUUUGCUGUUUUCUUAGCUGCUUCUUCCAAAGAACCCCAAACUUAUACCACCAACUGGUCUUCAUCUCCCCCUUCAGGUAGUUAUUUGCAUUACAACUAGGAGACUCCUUCAUUGGCAUUUGUUUACAGAUUAAUGUGAAAUGCUCUGAAAACUUCUGAAAGUAUUAGCACCACCCAGCCUCUGACAGACUUUCAGACACUAGGCAGGAAUUUGGUAUUAAGGGAGACAUUUUGGUCCUUGACACAGAUAGGACCUACUUUUUUUUUUUCCUAAGAGAAAAUUAAGGCCCAAAGAAAUGAAGAGACUUGUGGGAGGUCCCAGAGCUGUUUCUUGCCAGAAGUCAGGCUGAAUUCAGUGUCUCCUGCCUGCCCAUCCAUUUCACAAGUGGAUUCGAUCUGUCCCAGUAUGUUCCUGAAGAUGAGAUCUUUUGAUGCUGAGAGAAACUGAAUCGUUUGUAGUAGAGAGCCUUUGAGGUUUUUAUUUCCCCAUAAAAAAUUUUACCUAAGGAUGGGGUGGGUAAGACAGGCAAAGCAGAAAACUCCGGGCCAGCUCCUGAACCAGGAGUCACCAGGACACACCUGUUCGCUGGUCAGCUUUCCUGGAAGUCUGGAAGGGGGCCUAGGCAUGCAUCUCUAACAAACUCUAGAGAGUCUGGUGGAGAAAAAUCUAAUCUGUGAGUGACCCCAAGGCCUUCAGAUAGUCCACCGAGGCUUUUAAAAGAAUGUAAAUGCUUACUUUGUUGGCUAGCCUUUUUCACUGUAAACAGAAAAAAUUUUUCCUUCUUCAGUGAAAAAGCUUUUGAGUUAGUACAAUCAUUAGUUUCUUCAAUAACCAAAGUAUUCUGUUUACUUCUGGUGAAACAAAACCAGUCACUUGAAAGGGUCUGUGCUUUUAUUUUCACGGACUGGAAUGGAAUGGCUUUCCUGAAACACACACACACACACACACACACACACACACACACGUCCUUUCUCUUGAGCCAAGAAGUCUGCUUUCCUUAGUUGGAGUGAACAUCACUUUUGGGUUUUGUUUUUUGUUUUAUUCAUCUGGCAUUCACAUGUGGCUGUUAAUAUGUGCUUGUUUUUCAUUAAAAACAAGAAGCUUUAA